AUGGAGUACCAUGAGCUAGAUCUAAAAAUUGCCAAAGGAGUGGGAGACAGGGCUGGAGAAGGAAGGUCGUAUGCUAAUCUUGGCAACGCUUAUGACAGUCUGGGAGAUUUCAGAACAGCCAUCGGGUACCAUGAACGUCAUCUUAAAAUUGCCAAAGAAGUGGGAGAAAGGGCUGGAGAAGGAAAGGCGUAUGGUCAUCUUGGCAACGCUUAUUACAGUCUGGGAGAUUUCAAAAAAGCCAUCGAGUACCAUGAACGUCAUCUAAAUAUUGCCAAAGAAGUGGGAGACAGGGCUGGAGAAGGAAGGUCGUAUGCUAAUCUUGGCAAUGCUUAUCGCAGUCUGGGAAAUUUCAAAAAAGCCAUGGAGUACCAUGAGCUAGAUCUAAAAAUUGCCAAAGGAGUGGGAGACAGGGCUGGAGAAGGAAGGUCGUAUGCUAAUCUUGGCAACGCUUAUGACAGUCUGGGAGAUUUCAGAACAGCCAUCGGGUACCAUGAACGUCAUCUUAAAAUUGCCAAAGAAGUGGGAGAAAGGGCUGGAGAAGGAAAGGCGUAUGGUCAUCUUGGCAACGCUUAUUACAGUCUGGGAGAUUUCAAAAAAGCCAUCGAGUACCAUGAACGUCAUCUAAAUAUUGCCAAAGAAGUGGGAGACAGGGCUGGAGAAGGAAGGUCGUAUGCUAAUCUUGGCAAUGCUUAUCGCAGUCUGGGAAAUUUCAAAAAAGCCAUGGAGUACCAUGAGCUAGAUCUAAAAAUUGCCAAAGGAGUGGGAGACAGGGCUGGAGAAGGAAGGUCGUAUGCUAAUCUUGGCAACGCUUAUGACAGUCUGGGAGAUUUCAGAACAGCCAUCGGGUACCAUGAACGUCAUCUUAAAAUUGCCAAAGAAGUGGGAGAAAGGGCUGGAGAAGGAAAGGCGUAUGGUCAUCUUGGCAACGCUUAUUACAGUCUGGGAGAUUUCAAAAAAGCCAUCGAGUACCAUGAACGUCAUCUAAAUAUUGCCAAAGAAGUGGGAGACAGGGCUGGAGAAGGAAGGUCGUAUGCUAAUCUUGGCAAUGCUUAUCGCAGUCUGGGAAAUUUCAAAAAAGCCAUGGAGUACCAUGAGCUAGAUCUAAAAAUUGCCAAAGGAGUGGGAGACAGGGCUGGAGAAGGAAGGUCGUAUGCUAAUCUUGGCAACGCUUAUGACAGUCUGGGAGAUUUCAGAACAGCCAUCGGGUACCAUGAACGUCAUCUUAAAAUUGCCAAAGAAGUGGGAGAAAGGGCUGGAGAAGGAAAGGCGUAUGGUCAUCUUGGCAACGCUUAUUACAGUCUGGGAGAUUUCAAAAAAGCCAUCGAGUACCAUGAACGUCAUCUAAAUAUUGCCAAAGAAGUGGGAGACAGGGCUGGAGAAGGAGUGUCGUAUGCUAAUCUUGGCAACGCUUAUCACAGUCUGGGAGAUUUCAAAAAAGCCAUCAAGUACCAUGAACGUUACCUAAAAAUUGCCAAAGAAGUAGAAGACAGGGCUGGAGAGGGAAAGUCGUAUGCUAAUCUUGGCAAUGCUUAUUACCGUGUGGGAAAUUUCAAAAAAGCCAUGGAGUACCACGAGCUAGAUCUAAAUAUUGCCAACGAAGUGGGAGACAGGGCUGCAGAAGGAAGGUCGUAUGCUAAUCUUGGCAACGCUUAUGACAGUCUGGGAGAUUUCAAAACAGCCAUCGGGUACCAUGAACGUCAUCUUAAAAUUGCCAAAGAAGUGGGAGACAGGGCUGGAGAAGGAGUAUCGUAUGGUAAUCUUGGCAACGCUUAUGACAGUCUGGGAGAUUUCAAAAAAGCCAUGGAGUACCAUGAGCUAGAUCUAAAAAUUGCCAAAGAAGUGGGAGACAGGGCUGGAGAAGGAAGGUCGUAUGCUAAUCUUGGCAGGGCUUACCGCAGUCUGGGAGAUUUCAAGAGAGCCAUCGAGUACCAUGAACGUUGUCUAAAAUUUGCCAAAGAAGUGGGAGACAGGGCUGGAGAAGGAAGGUCGUAUGGUAAUCUUGGCAACGUUUAUGAUAAUCUGGGAGAUUUCAAAACAGCCAUCAAAUACCAUGAACUAGAUCUAAAAAUUGCCAAAGAAGUGCGAGACAGGGCUGGAGAAGGAACGUCGUAUUCUAACCUUGGCAACGCUUAUUACAGUCUGGGAGAUUUCAAAAAAGCCAUCGAGUACCAUGAACGUAGUCUAAAAAUUGCCAAAGAAGUGGGAGACAAGGUUGGAGAAGGAGGGUCGUAUUGUAAUCUUGGUGCUUGCUUUGAAUUUCAAUGUUCUCUGAAGAAGGCCCUUGAUUGUUAUCAUUCUAGCGUGCGAUUGUUCAAUGAUCUUAGGCAGGAUCUACAAGGUAAAGAUGAGUGGAAAAUUAGCUACCGCAAUGUUAAUAAUGUGGUUUAUACCAGAUUAUGGCGUCUGAUUUUAAACCAAGGUGACGUAGUUGAGGCUUUGUUUACUGUCGAGCAAGGACGUGCACAAGCUCUAAGAGAUCUUAUGAAUUCAAAGUACGAAACUAAAGCACCACAUACCGGGGAAAAAGUGACCUACAACACAUUAAGUUGCCUCCCUUCAGAUACAGUCUUCAUGGCAGUUCACGAAAGAGAAAUUAUUUUCUGGAUUAUUCAAAAUGGAAAAGAUGUUCAAUUAAGAAGAAAACAAGUCAGUGAUAAUAGUUCGAAGGAAAAUGCCAGCAGAUUGUUGGAGUCUUUAACUCACAAUGCUCGUGACAAAAUUGGUGUCAGUAGAGGUGUGAGAUGCGAGGAUCGUUCAUUGGAUAGGAAAAGCGGAGGAGACCUGUCAAAGAAGGGGUAUCAAACUAUAUCCCAACUAACGCACUCAGAUACCAAUCCUUUAAGAACAUUGUAUGACGUCAUCAUUAGCCCCAUCAAAGACUUGAUUGAUGGCAACGAACUGAUGUUUGUUCCCGAAGGUCCAUUGUGCCUGGCUCCUUAUGCUGCAUUCAUGGAUUCUAAUUCAAAGUACUUGAGCGAGUCUUUCAGAAUCCGGGUCAUUCCGUCAUUGACUAGUUUGAAAUUGAUCAAAGAUAGUUCACCAGAUUACCACAAGAAGUCUGGGGCGCUGGUCGUGGGUGAUCCGUGCUUAGAAGAAGUUGCAACUGGUUAUCCGGAAUUAAUGUUAGAAGAGCUGCCAUUUGCAAAGAUAGAAGUAGAGACGAUUGGGAAAAUACUCAACACUGCUCCCCUCACUGGGAAAGAUGCCACAAAAGCUAAAGUGUUGAGAGCACUUUCCUCAGUUCGUUUGGUGCACAUUGCAGCACAUGGUAGACUGGAAACGGGAGAAAUUGCUUUGGCGCCAAACCCUACACCAGCAUCCCGGAACCCUGGUAAGGAAGACUUCUUGCUAACAAUGAGUGAUGUGAUGGGAGUUCAAAUGCGAGCAGGACUGGUUGUGCUAAGUUGUUGCCAUAGUGGCCGUGGUGAGAUUAAGGCUGAGGGUGUGGUUGGCAUUGCACGAACCUUUUUGGGAGCCGGUGCUCGAUCUGUUCUUGUGGCCCUGUGGGCAAUUGACGACGAAGCCACUCUGGAGUUUAUGAAGAGUUUCUACCUGCACCUAGCAGAAGGAAGGAGUGCCAGUGAAUCUCUGAAUCGAGCCAUGAAGUGUCUGAGAGAGUCUGAGAAAUUUAGCGAAGUAAAGCACUGGGCUCCAUUUGUACUCAUCGGUGAUGAUUUUACCUUGGACUUGGCUAAAGGCGAUUAGAUGAACUUCAGUAUAUUUAAAGGUUGUUCAGUCCUUCUAUCAAGAAAGAUGGGGCGACUCUGUCGAUUUGUUAUUACGAGACUGCUAAAUUUCAUUAGCUUUUUUAGUGUAAAUAGUGUAAAUUUUCUCGUGAUUAUAAAUACAUCAGAGUCGUAUCAAUGUGUAUCCGUAACGGUUUUUGCAGCCAUAAUUUUAUAAAUGAAUGCGCCUCAUUCGAAUCUAUUAUUUUAUUUUAUAGACUUGGACAUAAUAUUUAAUAGGGCUGUGUUAGAGAAGCUUAGAAGUAAUCACAAAUGAAUAGUAAAUUCAUGCACUGUCCAGCCAUAAUGGAAAUAACAAUAUUUGAGUAAUUUCAGAAAGUUAAGAAGCAAGGUAUUUUCUUUCCGUAAUGUGUUAAAUAUCCAAAAUGAAAAGAAUGAGUACUUGUUAGGGAACACCUCGUAGAGAAUUUUUUCGGAAUUUAGUGGUUGUAAUAUGCUUACAUUGUCAUUUGAAAUGGACGAGUUGCUGCGAUAGAACAAACUGCUUCUUGUUGAAUUAGCAAUGUGCCCUGCUACGUAUUUUUUGCACAUUGCUUGAAUUUCUAGUGAUAUUAUUUUGCGUUUUAUUUUUAUGUAAUGAUCGUUAAACUACUGAAGAUUAGUAAUAGUUCUAGAAAGGCCUCACGAUUUUGUACUCCGUAAUAAAGUUAGAAGAUUUAAGGUAAAUUAAAAGAAAAACUUUUGAACCUUCA